GAGAGAGAAAAAAAUAUAAAAAAGAAAAACAAAUCCAAAUCCAAAUAAAAAAGAAGGAAAGAAGGAAGGAAAGGAAAGAAAAGAGGGGAUUGUAAAUGUGGCUCCUUGAGAUAAAGGGGGGAGCAGAACAAACCUAAAACAAACCCUAGAUUUCUUCCUUCACAAAGAAAACCCUCCCCGAAAAUUUGCAUUUAUUUAACCAAAUUUCAUAUUUGGAUCCAAAGGGGUUCCCAUUAAAGACACAAACUCUGUGCUUGGAAGGUUAAGAUCGUGUCAAAUUAAAAGAGUAUUUUUGGAAGAGAACCAAAAAUUUUUGAGGGGCCUUGUUUAUAGUUUGAGAUCUUUGUGAUUGAUUCUUGUUAAGGGUAAUAACCAAGAAAGAGGUUGAAGAUGAUGUCAAGAUCAUAUACCAAUCUUUUAGAUCUAGCGUCUGGUAAUUUCCCGGUAAUGGGUCAAGCUCGUGAAAAGAAACGGCUGCCUCGGGUAAUGACCGUUCCUGGGGUUAUUUCAGAGCUUGAUGAUGAUCAGGCUAAUAGUGUGAGCUCAGAUGUACCGUCCUCGGUUAUUCAGGACAGAAUUAUUAUCGUAGCUAAUCAACUCCCAGUUAAAGCUAAGCGUAGACCUGAUAAUAAAGGGUGGAGUUUUAGUUGGGAUGAUGAUUCAUUGUUAUUACAAUUAAAGGAUGGCUUGCCUGAAGAAAUGGAGGUUUUGUAUGUUGGUUCUUUAAAGGUUGAUGUUGAUCCGAAUGAACAAGAUGAUGUCUCACAGCUGUUGUUGGACAGGUUUAAGUGUGUCCCUGCAUUUCUGCCACCUGACAUUUUGACAAAGUUCUAUCAUGGUUUCUGUAAACAGCAUUUGUGGCCACUUUUCCAUUAUAUGCUUCCAUUUUCGGCAAAUCAUGGAGGCAGGUUCGAUAGGUCUUUGUGGGAGGCAUAUGUUGCAGCAAAUAAAAUUUUUUCUCAAAGGGUGAUUGAGGUUAUAAACCCAGAAGAUGAUUAUGUUUGGAUCCACGACUAUCAUUUGAUGGUGCUGCCUACAUUCUUGAGGAGAAGGUUUAAUAGAUUGAGAAUGGGUUUUUUUCUGCAUAGUCCAUUUCCUUCAUCUGAGAUAUAUAGGACUUUACCAGUGAGGGAAGAGAUCUUAAAGGCACUCUUGAAUUCGGACCUCAUCGGUUUUCAUACAUUUGAUUAUGCUCGGCAUUUUCUGUCCUGUUGUAGUCGAAUGUUAGGUUUGGAAUAUCAGUCAAAGAGGGGUUAUAUUGGCCUGGAGUACUAUGGAAGGACAAUUGGGAUAAAGAUCAUGCCUGUUGGGAUCCACAUGGCGCAGAUUGAGUCUGUAUUGAGACUUGCAGAUAAGGAGUGGAGAGUAGGAGAGCUUAAACAACAGUUUGAAGGAAAGACUGUAUUGCUUGGAGUUGAUGACAUGGAUGUCUUUAAAGGUGUCAACUUGAAGCUGUUAGCAAUGGAGCAGCUGCUGAAACAGCAUCCAAAGUGGCAGGGAAGAGCAGUUCUGGUACAGAUCACAAACCCUGCCAGGGGAAGAGGGAAGGAUCUUGAGGAGAUACAGGCUGAAAUACAGGCAAGCUGCAACAGAAUUAAUGACACUUUUGGACAACCUGGUUAUGACCCGAUUGUCUUCAUUGACAGGCCAGUAUCCCUCAGUGAAAGGGUUGCAUACUACACUGUAGCUGAGUGUGUUGUGGUCACAGCUGUGAGGGAUGGGAUGAAUCUUACUCCUUAUGAGUACAUUGUUUGCCGGCAGGGAGUCUCUGAAUCAGGGUCUUCCUCAGAAUCAAGUGGACCCAAGAGGAGCAUGCUAGUGGUAUCAGAGUUUAUUGGUUGCUCUCCUUCUCUCAGUGGUGCAAUUCGUGUAAAUCCUUGGAAUAUUGAAGCAACUGCCGAGGCAAUGAAUGAGGCAAUCUCAAUGGCUGAUGCUGAGAAGCAGUUGCGCCAUGAGAAGCAUUAUAGGUAUGUUAGCUCGCAUGAUGUGGCGUUCUGGUCUCGAAGCUUUUUCCAAGAUAUGGAAAGGACUUGCAAAGAGCAUUUUAGAAGACGUUGUUGGGGAAUUGGUUUGAGCUUUGGGUUCAGAGUUGUAGCUCUUGAUCCUAACUUCAGAAAGUUGUCUAUUGAUCACAUUGUAUCUGUGUAUCUAAGGUCCAAAAACAGGGCUAUAUUACUGGACUAUGAUGGAACGGUAAUGCCGCAAACAUCACAUAACAAGACCCCAAGUUCAGAGGUUAUCUCAAUCAUAAACACUCUCUCUGGUGAUAUCAAGAAUACUGUAUUUGUAGUAAGUGGAAGAGGAAGAGAAAGUUUAGGCAAGUGGUUUUCUCCAUGCAAGAAACUCGGAAUUGCAGCUGAACAUGGUUAUUUCAUGAGGUGGUCUACUAGUGAUGAGUGGGAAAUUUGUGGUCAGACUAUUGAAUUUGGGUGGAAGGAAAUAGCUGAGCCUGUUAUGAAAUUGUAUACAGAGGCCACUGAUGGCUCCAAUAUCGAGUACAAGGAGAGUGCGUUGGUUUGGCACCAUAGAGAUGCGGAUCCAGGUUUUGGAUCUAGCCAGGCAAAGGAGAUGUUAGACCAUCUGGAGAGUGUGUUAGCAAAUGAACCUGUUGCAGUGAAAAGUGGCCAGUUUAUAGUCGAAGUGAAACCACAGGGGGUCAGUAAAGGUGUGGUUGCAGAAAAGAUCUUCACAACCAUGGCUGAGAAUGGAAAGCAGGCUGAUUUUGUGCUCUGCAUUGGCGAUGACAGAUCUGAUGAAGAGAUGUUUGAGAUCAUCAGUAGUGCAAUUUCCAGUGGGGUCAUCUCCUCUAAUACAUCUGUUUUUGCCUGCACAGUUGGUCAGAAACCCAGCAAAGCCAAGUAUUAUUUGGAUGACCCAGCUGAGGUUGUAAACAUGCUCGAAGGCCUUGCAGAAGCUUCAGACCCGGAACCCUUCUCAGAUACUGGAUCAGAAGGCUCCCUUUGAAAUAUUCUUCUUGGCUUUAUGUCAAAUUUCAGGCCUGUUAUCCUUUAGGCCAGUUGGGAAGAACGCCAUACCUGACCUGUGAUGAAGGUAGAAAUUAUUUUGUGCUUGGUUUGGAAGUUGUCUGUUGAAAAGGAUAUUCUAUGGCCUUCAGUCUGAUUAUUGGGCCAUUGAAACAUAGCUGAUGAAUCAAUGAUAUGGAGAAUUUUUUCACAUGAGCUCUAACAGGGAAGGGUUGAGAGGACCUGCUGGGUUGAUUCAUGAAGACACAGACUUGAAUUUUGAAAGAGAUGCAUCAAUAACUCUCUUACCGUCUCAUGCAUGAGAAAAGGUUACUAAGCUUUCCUUUGUGCAGUCAUAACAUCCCUCACAUAGAUGGUGUGUAUUCAAUUGCAGUACAGCCAGAUAAGUAUCAUUAAAUUCACUAGCAGGUGUCAGCUGGUUGAAAAGUCAUCCUGUUGAAUGAACAUAUACAAAUGUGAUUUUUCCCCUUCUUUCUUAUUUUUUUGAGUGAAUUUGUUCUUCUCAUUUCUUUCCUUAACAUUGGAUCCAUUCCUUCCCCUUUAUUGAAUCUGUAAAUUUUAUAGAAAUAUUGCAAUUAGUUUAUCUAAUUGGACAAUGGCUAACUGUUGGACAAUGGCUGAAAUCCUAUUUCUUGGUAAUAUUAUUUGUAA